AUGAAUGGAACAGCGCUUGAUUUAUCUUUACCAAGUCGUCUUUCUGAAAAGUCAGCAAUACAAGAACUUAUUAAUGGAUUAAUGAUUGAACAAUGGAGUUUAUCUAUGAUAUAUGAAAGGUAUUAUAAUGCAUGUCAACCAAUAAAAUGUACUUAUAGUUAUGCAACAAAAAAUGAUCUACUUUAUAUUCUUACCACAUUAUUAGGGCUAGUUGAUGGCAUGAUGACAAUUUUGAAACUUGUUGUACCACUAUUUGUUAAAAUUGUGAGAAGAAAUAAAAGUAUAACAACUGAAAGAACAGGAAAGAUGAUUUUUCUUUGGUUUACUGAGAAUCAUGAUAGAUAA